UGGCAGCACACGGGCCGCGUGGCGUUCUUUUCGUUCGACAUUUUGGAUUGGUUCUAUCUUUAAACGGCGUACGCUGUCCCUGAUUCCACAAAGAUGGUCAAGGAAGAUAGAGCCACGUGGAAGUCCAACUACUUCCUCAAGAUUGUUCAAUUGUUAGACGAAUACCCGAAGUGCUUCAUUGUGAACGCAGACAAUGUUGGCUCGAAACAGAUGCAGAAGAUUCGACAGGCGCUGCGGGGAAAGGGAGCUAUUUUGAUGGGGAAGAACACCAUGAUGAGGAAGGCGAUCAGAGGUCACCUUGAAAACAACCCAGGGCUUGAGAAACUGCUGAACUACAUCAAGGGUAACAUCGGCUUCGUCUUCACUAAAGGCGACUUGGUGGAAGUUAGAGAUAUUCUCAUAUUGAAUAAGGUUCAAGCUCCUGCACGUGCUGGUGCGGUUGCUCCACUCGAUGUGAAGAUCCCGGCCCAGCAGACGACACUCGGACCAGAGAAGACUUCCUUCUUCCAGGCUCUCUCCAUCCCCACCAAGAUCACCAAGGGCUGCAUUGAGAUUCUCAAUGAAGUGAAUUUGAUCAAGUUUGGAGAGAAAGUCGGACAGUCCGAGUCGACACUACUGAACAUGUUAAACAUCUCGCCGUUCCACUACGGUCUCCAGGUAGAGCAAGUGUACGACUCUGGAACGAUCUUCAAUCCCUCCAUCUUGGAUAUCACGAAUGAUGACCUCAGAGCAAAAUUCAUGCAGGUGGUGCGCAAUGUUGCCAGCAUCUCUCUGAUGAUCGGCUACCCCACGACCGCAUCCGUCCCGCAUUCCAUCGUCAGUGGAUUCAAGAGGCUGCUCGCUGUUGCCGUGGAGACUGAUUACUCAUUCGCUGAAGCUGAGAAGACCAAGGAGUUCCUGAAAGACCCAUCUAAGUUUGCUGUAGCUGCUGUAACGGCUGCUCCGGUCGCCGUGGCAAAGGAGGAAAAGAAGGAAGAGAAGAAAGCGGAGUCCGAGUCUGAGGAUGAAGACAUGGGAUUCGGUCUGUUCGACUAGAACACGAGUCGAGUGGUCGCCGCAGUUCUCUGCAUACUGUGGCAGAAAGACAUUAACAACCAACUCGGCAUACGUCCAUUAGCCGGCUUGGCCAUAUAUGGCAAUGGAUGUAUAAAAUAAAAAAACUGAAAAGA